UUGUGAAUGGCGUGGUUGAUUUGAACGGGCUUUAGGUACCAAUUACAAUAAUGGGCUCUGGAACACUAGUUUCUCUCCUGCCAGGGGAUUUCAUUGGUGGGAAUGUUCUGAUCGUUGGUGCCGAUGGAGUAGACAAAGGCCUCUUGGAUGCUGUCAUUAAAAAAGCUGGAAAGUUGACGAUAAUUGAGAAUGAAAGAACAGCGGCCAUUUUAGAUGAAAUCCGGAAGAAUACAAAUUGUGACGUUGAUUGUAUAAAGAUGGAACAAGUUAUUGGUGUUGACUAUUCUCUAGUUCUCUGCAAUGGGAUGUUGGACAUGGAGUUGAGUUCAAAGUUUCUGUCUUGGCUUCUUCCAGAUUGUUACGUCAUGCUCGUCACUCAUUGCGAUAAAGUUGAUGAAUCUGCUGUGGACAAUCCGGAUAAACCAACUACAUAUAGCCUCGAAAGUGUCUUCAAAACGACUCCGUCCAAGAAUUCGUACGGAUUUGUGUUUGUAGCAUCUAGAAUCAUCGAAACAUAUGAGGAUCAUCGUGUGCUUUACAGCAGUAUGUUCAAGAAAGUUCUACUCGGCCCUGAACAAGACCGACGCCUUGAUAGCCUUCACGAUGUCCUUAACGACAAGACAUAUACCAAGAAGAUAUCAACAUUUUUUGAAAGAGUAUUUAGUCGAGGAGGAGACCCGGGAUAUAUUAGCACUGGAGGGGCAGAAGUAACCGAGGAAUGUAUGAGGAGGCUUGAUUUGCAGCCAGGUCAAAGGGUACUGGACGUCGGAUGUGGUGCUGGGGGUCCCGCCAUCUUGCAUGCCAAGAAAUACAAAGCGCACGUAGUUGGAGUUGACAUUUCUUCCAACAUGAUUGAUUUAGCAACGGAAGUAACUGCUAAUUAUCCUGACUUGAAUAUCGAGUUUGAGGUAUGUGACAUCGAGAGACGAGAGUUUCCAGAGGGAUAUUUUGAUGCAAUUUACAGUAAAGAUGUCAUUCUUCAUAUCGUUAGAAAACAAGAGUUGUUCAAGAAAUUUCUUAAAUGGCUUAAGCCAGGCGGGAAGCUUCUGAUUACUGACUACUGUCGCACUACCAAUGAUUUUUCUGACAUGAUGGAAGCUUACAUGAAAAAGCGUGCCAAUGUGUGGUUUCUUUUAACUGUACCAGUUUAUGGCCAACUUCUUAAGGAUUCAGGAUUUGUUAACGUUGACGCGCAAGAUAAACAUGCUGUUUUAUGCGAGAGCAAUAAGCAAGAAAACAUCCAUUUGGCAAAUAAAAGACAUGAUCUUUUAAAGGAAUUUGACCAACAAUUCGUUGACGAUUGGACUGACGUAUGGAAGAACAAAGUGAAGAUUAUCGGUAAUAAAGACCUGACUUGGGGAGUUUUCUAUGCGGAAAAAUGUCAAUAAAUUACGACAUUAGAUUAGUUAGGCUUUACGUAA